AUGGGACAUAGGGGCAGAUCAUUAAGGUCUGACAUGGAGAUGACUUCUACUCAGAAUGGUGGGGGAAAAAGCUCGAGCCAUCUGUCGACGACAGUUGCUGGUCAUCCUGCAAGACACUUUAGACAGUUUACCACCCGUUCAAGGACGAAGAGUGCAGCGAGUUUUAGGAGUUUGCACAGAGUUUUAUCUCACGAGAGUACAGAGGGCGACUGCCAUAGCGUUGCAGCGAACUCUUUUACGAAAAGUAGAAGUUCAGACUCUUUGUACCGUAAACGUGCAAUAAGCGGCCUCAACAUGACGAUGCUGGCUAGAGUGCGGUCGAAUCCUGGUCAUAUACCGAGAAGCCGAUCAGGAUCCAUGGCCUCGACACAUAGUCUUGGAGCGGGUUUCACGAGGUUGAAGCCUAGCAGGAGUAAGAGCACUCAUCUGGUGAUAGAUUCACAUGAAGGUGAUGAACUUUAUGAUGAUGAUACUACGACCGACGAAGAGGUCGAGUAUUUCACUGAUGAGGAAGAUGAAGUCUCCAACAAGGGCAAUAAGUCUAGCGCUUCCAAUGAAAGCAGUCAAAAGGGUGAAAUUGAGGGACCAAAAUUACAUUCGAAAUCUAAAGAGCCUAUGUUACUCUCAAAAACGUUCAGCAACCUGACUGUUCCAUUGGAGGAAAGCGAGACUAAUGAAGGAAUCGGAAACCAGCCCAGCUACCAAGUGCCUUCAAAUAUGAUAGCGGAACCACACCAUGAAGGUGUAGAGACUAGUCAACAAGAAGGAAAUGGAUUGCGCGGCCUACCAUCUCAUGCAACAUUACAGGAUGAUGUGACUAUGCAAGAUCAAAUUAAUAGCCACGAAAAUAAUGUGCCAAACGAUGGGGACGAUCACAUUAGUAAUAGUAAUUUAAACGUUUAUGAUACGGAGACUUUGAGUGCUCACAGUUUGAAGAGGCAAGGACGCGAGUUCAAUGAAAUGGGUGAGGAUGAGGAAAGAAAUACAGUUGAGGCUGUACCUCAUCAAGAUCCCCCCUUUGAAGUACAGGACAGAAAUAGCGACAUAGAGCAGUAUAUGCCUAGCAUGAUUCUCUCGCAGUCAACCGGAGCUGUAAGGAGAUUUGAACAGCCCCCUUCCAUUCAAAACUCGCUGUCUAAUAACUAUCACAACGGUUCUAUCGAGGAAGAUGAUGGGAAUGGUGAUCAAAUUGACAGUAAUGGAAAUUAUCCGAGGAUCCAUGAAGAAGAACCGAAAGUCUCAGCUGCGAGUGCGAAUAUUACCCAACACUAUUCGGUCAAUGCACCUCAAGCCAGCAAUCAGCAGAACUUCUCAUCUUCAAUUUCGGGUCUGACAAAUAGUCUACUUAAGACGGCUCCAGAUAGCUUCCAUGGUACUUCUCGAAUGAGCCAUUUAAUGCGCAAGAGGACGUCUCAAAACAAUCUGAUGAGGUCAGAUCCAAGACAGGCUUAUGGAACGGAGCUCCCAGCUUCUCCACUGCAUAGAGAAAAUGCUGCAUCGGUCUCUUCGAUUAACAACUUUGCACAAUUCUUGAAAUCAGAUGCUAUGGAUGGUGAGUCAAGGACGCAACGUAAACUGUGGUUGCAAAGAGAAAACUCCAUUAUGGACUUGAGCGCACAUAAUGACGGCAAUGAUCCAAUAUUCAUGGCAAGCAACAUUGAAGUUAAAAGAGAGUUUGAAAGAAUUUCACACGAAUAUUCGAAUGUUAGAAGAUUUACUAACCCAGUUGAGGAAGCAAUGGCUAGAGUAGAGUCCGAUCAGAAAAGUGUUGGAAUAAAGAGCUCAAACAAGUCUAAUCAAGAUCUGGGAAGCUCACUGUUCUCCGGCUAUAACUCUAGAAGUAAAGAAGAAUUUCUUCCGAAACCUCACGACGCCAAGUUGCAUAGAAUUUUAUCUUCUAUAUGGAAGGAGGAGACUGCUCAGUUCAAUAAAGAUACCAAUCCCUUGAGCAGGCUCAAGUCCAAUGGUACUGGUCAUCAUUUUCCGCAGCCGAGCCGCAAUUCACUGAGAAGUGGUGCAGGAAGUGGUACAGCUCUCCAGCACCAAAGGACUAUCAAUUCAUUACAGCCCACGACAAGAGCAGUAAAUCGGCGCAUUGAAAACGCUAUUCAUCAUCAGCAGCGACUCUAG